UAUUAUUUGUUCGAAUUCAGAUGUUAUAGUGCUAAGUGAAUACUAAUUAUUUGAUAAAAUAAUUUUUUAAUUGAAAUAUCGUGAUUUGUUAAUUCAAAUAUAUUUGCGUCAAAUUGUGUAUUUAUCAGAAAAAAAAAAUCAUAUAAAAAUGGUCAACUUUAAUAAUAUUAUCGAAACUCAUAAGAAGGAGGACAUAAAGUGUCGUCAAAGAAAACUCUCCUGUAUAGAUAAAACUGAGGAUCAUAAUAAACUUGACAUGAUUGAUAAAUCUUCAAAUGUUUUAAAUAAAUCUGAGCAGUAUCACACAAAAGAUCAGCAUCAUACAGAAAAAAAUUUUAAUACAAAUGAUUUUAUCGGAGAGUUUUUGGGACCAAUUGGAAAAUGGCAGAUAAGAACAAUAUUUUUAAUAUAUUUGUGCAAAAUUCCUAGCAGCUGGUUUAUGUCGUGCAUAAUUUUUACGGCAGUUACACCUCAAGAAAAUGAAAUUUUUUGCAGACCACCAAGUAUAAAUAUGUCACAUUACAUAAAUGACUGGAUAAAAGUUGCACAUCCGAUAAAAGGAAAACGAACUGAUUCAGAACUAAUUAUUGAUAUUUGCAAUGUCUAUGAAGAUGCUAUGAAAAACGUGACCAUUAAAAAUGAAAAAUUUGAAAACAUAUCUAAAAAAAGAAGAUUGGUUCCGUGUGCAUUUUUUGAGCAUCGACCAGCCUACACAUCAAUAAUUACACAAUUUGAUCUUUAUUGUUCUAGAGAAGUUUUAGUUGCGGUAACACAAUUUUUUCAUUUAUUUGGAGUAUUAUGCGGUGGAAUAAUCACCACAAAUAUGAUGAAAUAUGUAGAACCUCGACAGUGCAUGCUGAUCGGAAUGAUCACGCAAAUAAUAUGUGGAAACUUAACAGGUUGGGUAAAUAUUUUUGAACUACAUAUGUUCUUUAGAUGCCUUUCUGCUAUUUGCUGUGGUUUAAUGUAUACAGCUGGAGGUUUAAUAUUUACUGAUAUAACUAGUGAAAAAUACAAAGUGAUAGCCAUCUGCAUGUUUGAACAAUUUUGGUCAAUUGGAAUAAUGCUCCUUCCUGCAAUAGCUAGCUAUUGGUCAAGCUGGAGUUAUCUUUAUAUGGCAAUAUCAUUUCCUACAGUUAUUUUAAUCUGUUUAUAUCCAUGGAUACCAAAUUCUCCAAGAUGGCUUCUUAAACAUGGGCGUAUUGAGGAAACUAAGCAGAUUCUUUUAGAAGCAGCAAGAGUUAAUGGAAAAACUGAUUUUUCUAUAAAUAACCUUGAAAAACAGCUUCAAAUUCAAGCUGCUGAAAGUUGUAAACCUAUUCAAGAACCAUCAUACUGGGAGAUGUGGAGAGGACAGAUUCGAAAUCUAAUUGCAGUUCAUCUUGCUUGGUCUAUGUAUAUUAUCAUUUAUUAUGGAUUUCUUCUAAACAUUAGAAAUUUCGGACGUGAAUAUUUGGAAGAAAACACUAUAAUAUGUGGUGUUUGCGAGAUAAUCGGGACAUUUAUUGGUUUAUGGUUGAUAAUGACUACACACCGAAAAUGGCUUUAUGCUGGAAUAUUCAACUUCAUAGCGUCCUUUAUUUCGCUAGGAGCACACUUCAUUCCCUCUGAUGUUUCCCUGUUUGAAAGAAUGGUAUUGCUGAUGACUACAUCAAUGGUUUCUAAGAUUGCUAUAAGUGCAACUUUAUCUAUCUUAAUGACUUGCACAACCGAAAUUGUGUCUCCUGAUAAACGGCGCUUAUGUGCAUACACUUCUACAAUAUGGACACGUAUUUGGCUUUUAAGUGCUCCAUUUGUUGGUGCUACAUCAAUUUUUGGCCAAAUUGUACCUCAAACUUUUCUAUCUCUCCUAAACAUAAUUGGUUCAAUUGCUACAAUUUUUAUUCAAACACCGCGGACCAUUGAAAAUAAUCCUCCGAAAGAAUUUUAUCCUAAAGAAAUUCCAAUACCAGAUAUUUGGUUAUCAAGUUAUAAACAGUUUGAAAAGUAAAACUUAACAAUUUGGUCAUGAAAUAAAUUUUAAAAACCA